AUGGCCUCGCUCGAGCAAGCAGCACAAACCUCCCCCCUCUUCCGCCACCGCCAACUCGCACCAGCAGCAGCAGUCCGCGUAUCCCCAUUAUGCCUUGGAGCCAUGACAUUCGGCAACCGCCAAGAGUCCCGCUACGGAGAAUGUACUCGUGAAGACGCCUUCGCCAUCCUUGACCACUUCUACAGCCAAGGAGGCAACUUCAUCGACACCGCCAGCGGCUACCAAGAAGGCCAAUCAGAGGUCCUAGUCGGCGAAUGGAUGGCAGAGCGCAAGAACCGCGACGAGAUUGUGCUGGCAACCAAGUACACAACCGCCUAUAUGACACACCACAAAGACGCCAUCCAAUCCAACUACGGCGGUAACAACGCCAAGUCCAUGAAAGUCAGCGUAGAGCAAUCUCUACGCAAACUCCAGACUUCUUACAUUGACUUACUCUACGUCCACUGGUGGGACUUCACCACCUCUAUCCCGGAGCUCAUGCACGCGCUAAACGAUCUCGUCGUGGCGGGGAAAGUCAUUUACCUCGGUAUCUCGGAUACCCCCGCCUGGGUGGUGACCAAAGCGAAUCAGUAUGCCCGGGAUCACGGACUACGUCCGUUUGCUGUUUACCAGGGGAUGUGGAGCGCAGCAAUGCGCGACUUUGAAAGAGAUAUUAUUCCCAUGGCGAGGGAAGAGGGGAUGGCGUUGUGCCCCUAUGGUGUGUUGAACCAGGGUCGGUUCCAGACUAGAGAGGGCUUCGAGGAGCGGGAGAAGCAUAACCCCGGUCGCAAGUUCAUUCCCACCUCCGAGCAUGAUAAGAAGGUUUCUGCUGCUCUUGAGGACAUUAGCAUUGCUAAGGGCGUGAAGCUGCUCGAUGUGGCUUUGGCCUAUGUGAUGCAGAAGUCUGUCUAUGUGUUCCCGAUUGUGGGUUGCAGGAAGAUCGAUCAUAUCAAGGGUAGCAUUGCGAGCUUGAGCGUGACUCUUACAGAUGAGGAGAUGGCGAAGGUUGACAGCGCUUACCCCUUUGACUUUGGGUUUCCUCACACUUUCCUGAGUGGCUCGAUGUUCGAUCAUUCUACUCCGAGAAUGGCUGAGAAGCCCGGUGAUGUCUGGCUGACCAAGGUGAUGGGCAAGUUCGACUGGGUCGAGCAAACCAAGCCGAUCAGACCAGCUCCUUGA